AUGUCAGAAUUUUAUGUAGGAGGACAAGCAAUCGACCCUGAAAAGGCCGAGAAUAUGGAGGAGAUUGAAAUGCAAUUUGCUGUGAAAGCAGUGCAUCAGGCAGAAACAUAUUGGUCGUUAUUAGAAAAAGUUCCUGGUUCUCAAUUGAGACUUACAAAAUUUGACGAUGAUAUCUUCAAUAAGUUGUUGGAAGACUUUCCAGAGUUUAAAGAAAAGUCUGCAGCUGCUUCCAUUAAUGAAGACGAAAUGAAAUCGGCUGAAGGUAAGACCAAGUGGAGAAGCUUUAUCGAAAGCUUUCAAGAUAUUGAAGAAUACAACUUUGGAACACUUUUAAGGUUGAGAGCAGAUCAAGAGUAUGGUCAAGAUACGACAAUUUUUGCUGUAAGGAUGCAAUUCUAUGCUAUUGAAAUUGCUAGAAACAGAUAUGGAUUGAAUGAUUGGAUUUAUGAAAGUGCAAAGAAAUAG